AUGGCUAUUUCAUCCAAUUGCUGCCUCAAUCUAUUCCCUCCAACUAGAAGUACUUCAAGAACAACCCAAGUUGCAUGCCCUCAGAAGGAAAGAUCGUGGAAAAGCCAAUGCAUUUUAGGGUUAACAUGUGUAAUAAUUGGACAAGAACUGAGCAAUUUGGAAGGAUUAGGUGCCAUUGCUGCAGAGGAGAAGCAAUUAGCUGUGGAGUCUGAAAUCAAAGUUCAAAGAUGGAGUGACAAAGCAAUGUGCCAGCCAUGGCGUCCAAAUUCGUUGGAGACGAUUGUACCGGAGAAUCUCCCGCGGCCAUCGGCACGACGGCGAUGGGAGACUGUUGAUUUUUCUGAUACUGCGCCGACCCUGAAAAUUAUUAUUACAAAAAAUUCAAUUACUAAAAGUUGUUUUUCGUUGUAA